CGGAGCCCUUUUCAGCGAAGGGAAGCUUCGUAGCGAACAAAAUGCACAUGUGUUUAAAGUCAGGGGUGGUGUUUAGAAACUUUAAAUACCUCUUCUGUAUGGCACUGCACUCCGUGCACUUACAGGAGGCAAGCUUCUUAAAUCCUGCAGGCAUCUUGCCUUUAACUAUUAUCCUGUAACCCCAGCCUUGCUUAGGUAAUAUUUACUUGGAACUGAUGCUAUCUUGCCGCCUCAAGAGAAAUAGGAAAAAAAAAUUGAAGAUAUUUGAUGACACUCGUUCUUAAUUUCGUCAGUGAGAGGAAAAUUGCCAAGAACACUGACUUCCAGGAUGUGAUCAAGCGUCCUCUCUUCUGCAGCUCUGACACGGUAUAAAUAGGAGGGCUUCCAGAGAACCUGCUCAGAAGAGAAAUCCUUGAAACCAUCUCAUGACUCUUCUCUGCAGUCGCUUAACUACCUGAGAAGUCCACUUACACAAAGCGAAUCCGUCUCACCUGCCGGGACAUACAGCAACCAAAAUCCGGGGUGCAAAAGGAAUUGAACUGCAUUGAAAACCACCCCGAAAUCUACUUCAUUCCUACUCGACUUCCAUUGGAUUCGUCCUGACCAUGUCUUCUGCCCUGACUUGGAUCUUGCCGCUUGGGGUUCUUUUUUGUCUGGUGGACCAUUACCACUGCAUAUUCUUACCCAAUUCUACCUCCUUGGAGAAGCUUCUGAGUAAAUAUACAGAGGUGCCUCACUCCAGAAGCAGGAGAGCCAUUUCUAGAUCUGACAAAGAGGAGAUACUGCAACUUCACAAUAAGCUCAGAGGACAAGUUCAUCCUUCUGCAUCCAAUAUGGAGUACAUGACUUGGGAUGAUGAGCUGGAAAAAUCAUCUGAGGCCUGGGCCCAGGAAUGCAUCUGGGAGCAUGGGCCAGCCAGUUUACUCAUGUCAAUUGGACAAAAUCUGGCUGUGCACUGGGGAAGAUACCGAUCUCCUGCUUUCCAUGUCCAGUCUUGGUAUGAUGAAGUUAAGGACUAUACUUAUCCUUAUCCACACGAGUGUAACCCCUACUGCCCGGAACGGUGCUCUGGACCUAUGUGUACUCAUUAUACGCAGAUUGUUUGGGCUACCACCAACAAAGUAGGCUGCGCAGUGAACGUUUGCAAGAGGAUGAACGUUUGGGGCGAGAUUUGGGAGAAUGCAGUAUACCUGGUUUGCAAUUACUCUCCAAAGGGUAACUGGAUCGGCGAAGCUCCUUACAAGAAUGGGAGACCAUGCUCGCAAUGUCCACCAAGCUACGGUGGCAGUUGCAAGAACAAUCUCUGCUACAAAGGUGACAAACGCAGCGGAAUACUGGAGACGGAUGAAACAAAUGAAGUUGAGGCUCCUCGCGUCCCAGAGGAAACACAUGUUUGGGUCCCAGAGAGAGUCAACAAACCGAAAGUGGUGCCAAAAACCACACAGCCAUCCACAGAAAACCUCAUGACUCAAGUGAUCAAGUGUGAAACAAAAAUGAGAGACAAAUGCAAAGGGUCCACCUGCAACAGGUACUUGUGUCCUGCAGGUUGUGCAAACAAAAAGGCCAAAGUCAUCGGAACCCUCUUCUAUGAUAGUAUGUCCAGUAUCUGCCGCGCGGCCCUUCAUUACGGAGUCAUUGAUAACAAUGGGGGCUUGGUGGAUAUAACAAGGAAAGGAAAGUUCCAAUAUUUUGUGAAAUCUACCAGGAAUGGCGUUGGGUCGUUAAGUAAAUAUAAGCCUUCCAAUGCUUUCAUGGUCUCAAAAGUGUCUGUUCAAACACUUGAUUGUUACUCAACGGUAGCAGAGAUCUGCCAGUUUGAAAAACCAGCCAAACACUGUCCCAGGUUUUACUGUCCAGCACACUGUAAGAAUGAGCCUUCAUACUGGGCCCCGGUGAUCGGCAACAAUAUUUAUGCAGACACCUCAAGUAUCUGUAAAACCGCUGUGCACGCGGGAGCGAUAAAAGACGAAACAGGAGGCUAUGUGGACGUGAUGCCCGUGGACAAGAAGAACCAUUACUUUGGCUCCAACAAAAAUGGAAUAAACUCGGAGAGCGUCAGAAAUCGUAAGGAGGGUAAAGCGUUCCGGAUCUUUGCUGUGAAACAAUAACUGGUAUAUAUUUAAUGGACAGAAUGGAAGCGCUGUGAGCAGCAUCCUUAGAACUUUAAGGUCACAGACAUUCCCCCCCCCACCCAAAAAAAACCCACUUGAAAGGUUUAUCUCAAAACAUCUGCCAUCUUCGUCGGCCGUAUAUUUUUUA